GCGCUCGCUAUCACGUGACCGGUUAUAUGUUUACUGAGAAUGGCAGCGUGUAGGGCUCUUACACUGACAGCUCUGCUACUGACUUUGUGCAAUGGGAAGACAGAAGCGGACCCGGUACCUUUAGUUAUAUGGCACGGAAUGGGUGAUUCCUGUUGCAAUCCCUUCAGUAUGGGGGCAGUGAAGAAAAUGGUGGAGGAGCAGAUUCCAGGCAUAUAUGUUCUUUCACUGGAGAUUGGGAACAGCAUCCCAGAGGACAUGAAAAACAGCUUCUUCCUUAAUGUGAACGAACAAGUGGAUGGUGUUUGUAAAGAGCUAGCUCAAAAUCCUAACCUGAAAAAUGGAUACAACAGUAUGGGAUUUUCCCAGGGAGGGCAGUUCUUGAGAGCAGUGGCUCAGAGAUGUCCUUCUCCACCCAUGAAAAACCUGAUUUCUAUUGGAGGACAACAUCAAGGAGUCUAUGGAUUUCCACGAUGUCCAGGAGAAAUUUCCCAUAUGUGUGACUUGAUAAGAAAACUCCUGAAUUAUGGUGCCUACACUAGAGAAGUACAAGAUUAUCUGGUUCAAGCUGAAUACUGGCAUGACCCAAUAAAUGAAGAGCAAUACAGAAACGGCAGUAUUUUCCUAGCAGACAUCAAUCAGGAGAGGCAUGUGAAUGUGAGUUACAAACAGAAUCUUCAGCUGUUGGAAAAGUUUGUGAUGGUGAAAUUUCUUAACGACACCAUGGUAGAUCCUCCAGAUACAGAAUGGUUUGGGUUCUACAGACCAGGACAAAGCAAAGAGACCAUCACAUUACAGGAGAGCAAUUUGUACAUGGAGGACCGUUUGGGGCUUAAGGAAAUGGAAAAAGCAGGAAGGCUGGUGUUCCUUGGGGUGGAAGGAAAUCACCUACAAUUCUCAAAAGAGUGGUUUAACAAGAAUAUCAUUCCCUUUCUGCACUGAUUUUUCACUAUUUUUUAAGGGCUUCUGUAGCUUAAUUUUAUGUUGCCUGUGUAUUUGUCUAAUGAAAAUAUUAAGAGAUGAAAUGCUCUCCUUUUGUUAAUGGCUCAGCUUGCAGUUUAAGAUUGUCUAAAGGUCCCCAUACAUGGGCCGAUUGUGGCUGCCGAUGUCGGUCCCUUGGACCGAUUCUGCAGGUUUUCGGUCCGUGUAGGGGCAGAAACUACGGCCAUACCUGACAGAUAUCUGGCCUGAAAUUGGCCAGAUAUCGAUCAGGCAGGUUAAAAGAAUGUCAGAUCGGGGACCGCAUCGGCUCGUUGAUGUGGCCCCUGAACCAACUGCCCCAUUGCCGCCAUUAUAAUUCGAGCGUUUGGCCCCAGGGCCAAACGAUCGAAUUAGCCCACCCGUAGGUGACCGAUAUCGCGAGGCGACCUCGCCAAGCGAGCAAAGCUUCACGUGUAUGGGGAGCUUAAGCAAUCAUUUCCACAGACCACUUAUUGUAUAAUCCGUUAAAAGAGGCAUUGCUAGAUAAAUUGACCCAUAAUGGGACUUUACAUUGCAGGGGGAAUUUCUAUGCUAUGGCAAUUUCCAUAACAGCCACAUUUGAGUUUCCCAUAACUUGUAGAGUAGCAGUUCCCUGUGUUUUUUUUCCACCCUUCUUCAGUAAGGCCCAGCAAGGCCCAGCCUAAAGAUCAGUUUAGCUGAAAGCUGGGGAGAAUAUCUAGUUGCCCUCCUAGAUAUUGCUAAAAGCCCAGUUUAAAUAUCAAUUAUUGGGUGACAGAGAUACUAUAAACAAUGUCGGAAAAGGUAUUCUAUAGAAGAAUGGGAGGUAUAGUGACCCUCUGAAACAUGUCCUUUAAAUGAAGGCACUUUAGUCAGGGCUCUUGUAAGAUAAAAUGUCUUUAUUUACUAAUGUAGAUGUAAAUUUCUUUUCUAACAGUAGUGCCAGAGAAGCAUCUGUACUGUAGAUUGAUACAUUUUAACUGACCAAUAAAAAAAGCAAGAUAUUUUUGAAAAACUGCACUGUUUUUAUUGUGAUCUUUAAAAUGUAUCGGCCUGUGAUAUUCUCUGAAAUAACACCUUUAAACUAGUGUUUAAGCCACUGGUUCUUUUAAUGGCAGCUAAUUAAAGGAGAAGGAAAGGUAAAAACUAAGUAAGCUUUAUCAGAAAGGUCUAUGUAAAUACAGCCAUAAGCACUCACAGAAAUGCUGCACUCUGUCCCCUGUCAAAAGAUUUGUUGUCUCUGUUUUCCUGUGCCAGAGACACGCAGCUCUCUCCCCUCUCCUGCUCCCCCCCCCCCCUUAGGAAUGUGAAUCUGAGCCAAUUAGCAGGAAGCUUCCUCAUAGUCUUACAAACUGAGCAUGUACACGGGUUUUGGUCUCAGUGCAGUAGUGAGGCAUUAUGGGAACUUUCUUUACACAGCUCAGCAUUUUUUUUCCUAUAAGGCUACUGAUCAUCCACGGGAGAAAUAUGGGGAGACUUAAGGGCACUAUUGAGAGAUCUGAAGGUAUGCCUGCAGCUUGAGAUUAACUCUUUAUUAGCCUUUCCUUCUCCUUGAAGGAAGUGAUAUUCCAGACUUUACAGAAACAUAUAGCUAUGUCUUGCUGCUUGAGUCCUGGCUUUGAUUUCAAAUGGGCAAUAUCUGCAAGGAGUUUGUAUGAUUUCCCUGUUUCUGCAUGGGCUUUUCCCAAAACAAGCAGGUGCAUUGGUUCCUGAUAAAACUGCUCUUAUGUACAUGUGAUGUGAUAGGGUCAACUAUAAGCUCCACUAUGCAGAGACUGGUGUAAAUGAUGAACAAACCCUAUAAAAGCAUUCUUUAAUAAAUGUUUGUGCUAAAUAAAUAAAGGAUAAUUAAAAACCA